GUACUGUACAGCACAGCAACCAUGCCAUGCAAGCCCGCAUCACACCUGAAGGUGUCUUCAACCCAAUGCACCGCACAGGUGCAUAUGCAACCCCCUUUCCUCUGGCUGGCUCUGGGUCCCAUCAUCCCCUCCCCCCAUCUCCACCACCCCUUCGCCUUAUAGACGCUGGCAGCCUCUGGUUGGCCUGUUGCCAUUUUCCCUUCUCCCCGCACCAAAAUGUAUGGAAUUACCCCAGACUUUUUGGCUACAUCUGACAGGGGGCUCCACUCUCCCUCCAGGGGUCUUUUGUUGGGAGCAGAUUGGCCUUGGAUACGCUUCUUUCGCUGCCGCAUUCAGGCGCCUAAAACACCGACAUCCUGCAUCAUGCGAGGGACUACAUACACAUGGUUAUUUUUUUUUUUCUUGUUUGUUUUAUUUUUCUUGCUGCCCAGUCGCCACCUCUUCGGUGCUAUUCACCCUGCAUCGUCCGUAGGUAGGGCGACUUGGCCUGCAUCUGAUGAAGAAAAAAAAUGGCACGCACGCAUAUACUUCAUGUACACAUACUUCCCAAUGUACCUACACAGGCGCAUCAUCUCAAUGCCCCCCCUAUUGCCCACACAUCAUGUACCAUAUACCACAUCCUCUCUCUGUACGAAUAGCAUCCCAAACGACCAAAAAAAGACACUUUCCGUCUGCAUAUCCAUAGCGUAGAUGACGCGGCCACCAUGGACGAAAUAAAAAAAGCAAAAGAAACAUACACUGUCCUUUAUACCCAAUCACCUAGUUGCCCGCCCUCUAAACCCCAUAGAUUCUCACCACGGGGGUCCCAUU